AUGCCAGAUACCCAGACUUCAUAUGAACCUGUAGCACGCGACCCUGCCGAACACAGCGCAGCUCAUCCUGACCCGAAACCACCACGCCUUGCAUAUCGCGCACCUAUCAGAGUACUCUUAUUUGCUGCAACCUUCUGCUUGGUUGCCCUAGCGGUGUACAAGGCGAAUCGCUGGUCCGUGGACCUCGCAAUUACAUCCGAGCAUACGUCUGGAACGACGGUGCAGGAGGAAGCAGCGGAGAUCACUGGCAAACCCGAACCUGAGAACGACAGCGAGAUGCCGAGGCAUGGGAAAUACAGCGUCGGAUACUUUGUCAACUGGGGAAUUUAUGGGAGGAAGUUCCCUCCUUCACUGAUACCAGCGGAGAACUUGACUCAUAUUCUUUACGCCUUCGCCAAUAUCAGAGGAGAUACCGGAGAAGUCGUACUCUCUGACACAUGGUCGGACCAAGAAAUCCACUACCCCGGGGAUUCAUGGAACGAUAUCGGCCAUAACCUAUAUGGCAAUUUCAAGGCCAUAUACAAACUGAAGCAAGCAAACCGUCACCUCAAGGUGCUCCUUUCUAUUGGCGGUUGGACGUACUCUCCCACGUUCCACCCGAUAGUCGUGUCACCUGCUCUCCGAUCGAAAUUCGUAGCAUCUGCAAUCAGACUGCUCGAAGACAACGGUCUAGAUGGCCUUGACAUCGAUUAUGAAUAUCCGCAGAAUGACGCACAAGCACGAGGCUAUCUAGACCUCUUACGAGAACUCAGGGCAGGACUGGAUGCGCACGCGGCGCGCAAACGAGCCAACUACAAGUUCCUGCUGACGAUCGCUGCGCCGUGUGGUCCACAGAAUUAUCAGAAAUUGCACGCGCGCGAGAUGGACCAGUACCUUGACUUUUGGAAUCUGAUGGCCUACGACUUCGCCGGGUCGUGGGACUCAAUUGCCAACCAUCAAGCAAACCUGUUUGGCGGACAGAUCAAUGCGUCUCAGUCUGUCCAGUGGUACAUGUCUAAAGGCAUAGCAUCCGACAAAUUGAUCCUUGGCAUUCCCCUAUAUGGUCGCAGUUUCAUGAAUACCGACGGGCCUGGCACGUCAUUCCAGGGCAUCGGACAAGGCAGCUGGGAGCAGGGUGUCUAUGACUAUCGCGCGUUGCCAUUACCGGGAUCAUACCUAUUGAGAGACGAGCGAGCAGUUGCGAGCUGGGGAUAUAACUAUCAGUCGAGGGAGAUGGUGAGCUUUGAUUCGGAGGAAGUGGGGCACUGGAAAGGCCAGUGGAUCGCUCGCUCGGGUCUGGGAGGGAGCAUGUUCUGGGAGCUGAGCGGAGACAAGGGGAGUACGAGAGAUGGCAUGGAGGGCGGUCCGGGCAAAGACCCGCAGCCCGGGAGGAGCUUGGUGGCUGUUGUCAAGGAAGCUAUGGGAGAGUUGGAUAGGAGUCCGAACUGGUUACACUACGAAGGGAGUCAGUUUGAUAACCUGAGGAACGGGACCAUAUAG